AUGCCUAUUCGCAACCCUUUCGCUCGUCGCCCUGGCAGUGUUAUCGUUCAAGAUGAGAACCAACACCCUGAUUCUACCCCUGGCUUCGAGAAAGUCGACACUGUUGGCUCCAAGUCCACCCCCGUUUUAAGCAUUCGAAGUCAAGGUCGCGACAAUGGGGAAUACAAGAUGAGCGGUAUGUCAACCAACCCUAGUCGCCUCCCGUCUCUCAUGGCCUCCCCCUCAACCUCCGCAGUGGGGGUUGUCAACGACAGUGGCGUUUAUCUUCCUCCAUCACCUACUGAGGAAAAGGGCCAGUGGCCUCGGAAGUAUCUGUCGACCCGCAACUCGACAGAUACUCGAAGCAGUUCCGGCGACAUUGAACAUUUCUCUAUUUCCCGCGAGUCCUUUGAUUCCUACCGUCGAUCUUUCGACAUCUCUGCACGAUCGCCAAUGCCCAACGGUGAUUUCCCAACACGCCAGAGCCUUGACUCGGCACGUCUUCCCCGACUACCUAGAUCUGCGAUCGAGCGAUCAUUCGAGCAGCCACCAACCGCCGAGGAGCGUUUUGAAGACGUAGGACUGGACGACCAUAAGCAGCAGCAACAGCAGCCGGCUCCCCAGGCACAGCCUCAGAAGCGGGGGUUUUUCUCGAAAUUCUCCGACAAGGACAGCUCGAGCAAUCCUACUGUAUCCCGUUUCCUCAUGCAUGGCCGCAAAAGAGCCCAGAGCGGCCAAGGCUCGGAGCUCACUCCCAUGGACAACGCAUCUCCGAAGGUGACUGUCUCAGCCGAUGGUCAAGAAAUGCAAUGA